GGAACGAACCGGUAGGAGGAGGUGAUGCAACUUUAUAAAUAAAGUGAACAGCUGAUUUUUGUUAAGCAGUUCAUAAGAGCGACAGAUGAUAGUAGGUCGUUUGAUAAGUUAGGAAGUAGGAAGCCGGUUGUUUAUUAAUUUUUAUAUUUACAGUGAAGUUUUUUGAAUUAAAAUGGAAGUUUUACCAUUCGUUGAUAUCAAACACAGCAGUCUAGAAGGCUGUGAAACGGAAUACAAUGAAUUUUUCGGAUUAGAAGAAACAUCAGUGAUAGAAUCGUUAUCGAAACGUCUCGAAGGAGAACUUAGGACUGCUAAACGUACCCACCUUUCCGUAGGAGAAGUACUCCUCCCCAACGGACUGACUCAUUCGAUAGCCAAAGAUCUCUUUUAUUUGGCCGAUUCCGAACCCUGCGGACUUAGGGGCUGUACUUUAUAUAUAGACUUCGAGAUGAAUGACAUUAAAACGAAUUUAAGCCAAGUUAAGUGUGAUGCUUCGACGCCUUCUACUUUCGAAGUUUACUUGACACUCAAACAGGCGGUUACAGGAUGGAAUUCACUCCUUCCACAAUUCCUGAGAAAAAUUACGAAGUCCGGGGCGAUAAUGAUAAGCGUGGAGUACGAUCUUCAAAAAAAGCAGCUAUAUCGGUCAGAUUAUUAGUGUGAUGUCGUUUGAAAGUUGAAUAAGUGAGUUCAUAACAUAUUAUCAUUAUAUCUCGAAAGUGUUUUUUUUUAAUUUUAAUUCAUUCACGUUUUACUGUAUUAUUCAUUAUAAUAUCAUUAGUUGUAAAUGUUUCGUUUAUCGAGUUAACUUUGGAAGUUGUACGUGUAAGUAAGAUACGAGGUGUUUCUUUUGGUGAUUUUAACAAACAUUAAAAUUGUGAUAUAGGUGUGCAAAUCAUAAAAGUGUUAUAUUCAUAUUUUUUGUGAUAUUAGUUCGAUACGAAUUUUAUUUUUUAUAGAAUAGGUGCGUUCGGUAGAGAUAUUUGGUUCAGAACUGAAAAUAUACAUUGCGGGUAAUGUUUCGUAAGGUAUACCUAACAGGAGUGUCUUUAUUGCAUACGUUAUGCUCUUCAAAUCUCAGUUAGGUUAUUUUUUUAUAUAUUUAUAUAAGUAUAAAUUACUUUACGUACAUGACUCGCUUUGUAGAUGUGAUUAAUUCAGUAUUAAAAAUUCUUUACCAAAUAUUCCGAGAACGAUCUGAUCUCAAAUUAAUAUAGAGUUGUUAGAAAUGUGGAAAUUUUUAUACAUUUUUAAUAGAAGUCUUCAGAAGAUUUAUAUAAUUCCAUACUAAUAUUGUCUAGAGUUUUUAAAAUUAUGCUCGCGGAGUCAUCAAACCGAAACUAAUUCGAUGAAGUUUUUUUUUUAAAAAACGACGCUACUUAAAUUUUCCUUCUGCGAGCAUCGUUUUAAAUUAUUUGUAAUAUCAGAUAAGUGUCUGUACCAAUAAAAAAAAUUAUGAAAAGAAAAAUAAAUCUUUGAAGUAUGUUAA